AUGUCUGCGGAGGAGCCUGUGCCAGAAGAUGUAGAAGCACUUUGCUUGAUUGCGUUUUACUGCUACUCACUCAACCGACGUAAAACGGCUUACUCGUACGCCAGCCAAAGCGUUGCACUUGCCAAACUCUUGCAUCUUCACAAGCCACAUUCUCUGCCCAAAGCCCCAGACCAGCAACGCCAAGUGCGUGUUAUGAACGAGCACAGAAAGAGGCUCUGGUGGACAUCCUACUGCAUGGACAGAAUGAUAUCAACCGAGCUUGGUGUCGCCGCCGCCGUCGCCUGUGUGCCAGAAGGCAUGCAGCUCCCGUCAUCAGCCGGACUAGACGCUGAAGACCUCGAGGAGUUUUCUGAUCCUGGGCUUUUAACUAUGCAGACUCAGCUCUGCGAGAUCAAGCGCAAUGUCGUCAGAACGGCGGCUCAGCACGUUGACGUUGAUGACGAGCGUCGACUAGAGAUUAUCAAACCGUGUCUCGACACUUUGCAAGAGUGGAGAUCAAGUCUGCCGCAACAAGUAGCUUUCACGUUUGAGGAGAGCCUGCCUACAAGAUUGAUGGAAGCACCUCAUGGCAGAAUUCUUGCAUCCACCUACAUGCGAUAUCACCAGUGCUUCAUCUUAUUGUUGAGGCCGCUCUACCUUCAAAAGCUUUCCUCGAUCGUUCAAAAGCGACGAUUGAACAACCCGCCAAAUUCCACCGGCUCCGACGCAACACUAGACACCGAUGAUACGAUGAGAGUAGUCAAGAUACAGUGUCUUCAAGCCGCGCGAAAUAAUUGCAAAAUCUUACUCGGACUCUGGAAUUAUGACAAGAUUGCGAAAUUCGGAUACUGGGAAUCUCUGCACUUAUUCUCCGGCCUUGCAAUCAUCGCACUCGCGCGGGUCUCCAUCGAGGAAGGAAAAGAUUUCAACCCAAACAGCGAAGACGACGUGGCACUCUACACGCGGACACGAGCACUGCUUAGAGAAAUGGCUCGCGUCGGCAAUCCUGCGGCCAAAGAUCACGACGUUUUGCUCUCCGACGUUGAGGCAAUGGUAAAGAGAAUCUCUCGAGAGGAAAAGACAACACCACGGCAAUCUAGUGUCGAGGAGACUGAUGGCAAUGUGGAAAUGGAGACUGAUCUGAGUUUCUCGGAUUUCAUGUUUUCAGACGGAAGCGCAGAUCAACAGAUUUGGAGUGAUAAGGACUGGGAGAGUAUUCUGAGCACCUACACACAAGGAAUUUGA